AUGAAGAUACUGCGCUUUGGUACUCUCUCCCGUAGAGGAUAUACUCACGGAAUCGGAGGCCUGGAUGACAGUCUAGUGCUCGAAAUAGCGCCUGUUGGCCUGGACUCUACCAUUGGCAUCAAUGGUGUCUCCAACACCCAACCAGUUCCCGCUCCUAACUUGGACAAACAGCCCAGUAUCGCCGUUGGCCUUGCGAGCGACACUGAAUCUCCAGGUAUCCUCUCGCUCGAUUCCAAUGGAGAGGCCCUCCAGGAUGAUGAACUUAUCGAGACCUGCUCUUACACAGACCACAACAGCCACAUAAAAUCAAUCAACAAGUUGAUCAACAUUGCGGUUGAAUGCGUCGACGCCAGGAAGCUAUAUUGCCAGAACGAAUCACAUUUCAGACAAAGGCUCAGUCAGUUCAUUCCGGGCACCUUCGUCGACGAUACAAUUCUUUUUCACCUUCUUCGUAUGAUCACCGAAGACUCCAGAUUCUUUGUCGUCGACCCUUUGCAUUUGAAGCUCAAGGAAGUUUUUCCGUAUCCUGUGUUCAAAGCAUUCUCCAUGGACGUGGACGGGCUCAUCUUGCCCAUCAACGUUAACGCAUCUGACCAGAUGUCGAGUACAAAUACGAAUCACUGGGUUAUCGCAGUCGUCCAUCUGGGCACACGGAAGUUCAAUGCCUUCGGGAUGGAGGAGGAGUCCAUUCAUUAUUGGGCUUCAAGAAUAGAGGCUCUUGCCUCUGAAGUCUCUGGAGGAUCCUUUAACCUCGACAGGCGGUCUCUUGAGCUUGGACCCUACACUGACGAUUCGUAUUGCGCUUUUCUCUGCGCUUAUGCCCUGGACCGUUACCUCGAAUCAAAUCUUAAGCACUGUAGACAAUGGCCUACGGGACCUGAGUUGAGGGAGAGAUACUUCCGUAGGUUUCUCAUCCACUGGGGAGUGCCAUCCAGUUUCCUCCCCGAUCAUACACAGCAGAUGGACUUCGACGUCGUCGAUAGCCCUCAAUCAACAGUUGCAUCAUCGUAUCUGAGUGGCACUAGCGAGACUAGCGGUCGUGAUUUUGGCCAGCUGGACAUGGCGUUGAACGACACUGGGUCGCCUCUCAGAACCGAACAGAAAGCCCGUCUAAUCCAAAUGAAUAUGGAAUGCAAUCCACUUUCCGAAAGCAAACUGAGCAUGCCUCAGCCAACUCCGCCCUCAUGCUCAUUAAAAGAAUUAUUUAAUGAGAUUAACGAGAUCAAGGUCCUUUGCCAAUCGCAUAGCUAUCAACAUAGGAGGCUCCUGGUCGAGACGGCGAAAGAAUUUAAGGUUCAGCUUGCAAUCGAGACGACAGAGCAAAAGAAAAAAAGGGCAGCCUCAAAUGCACAAUUUAGUAGUCGAGCGAAACAGGCGCAGUCGAAGCAAAAGAGCCUAGAGUCCAACAACAAAGCAGGGAAAGGGGUCAAGGAAGAUAACCUCCAGCAAAAACCCAUAGAGCCUGUCCAACAAGGACAGCACAACCCAGAUUCUCCCAGUACGGCUAUGAGCAUGGUGAUAUGGAAAGCGACAGGACUACGCACCAGAAGGCCACUGCGCACUCGCUACUGGAAGUACGUCGAAGAAGGACGCAUUCUGCAGGAAAUUGAGAAGAUUCUGGGCGGUGAUAUCCUGAGAUGUUUGCCAGGCGCAGUCGUCCGACCUGACGAAACGGUUGUGAAGUUCCAAAAUGCACGCAAGUGUUUCAAAGUAUUGAGACAAAACAUUUUCCCAAUACAAUACAAUGCUCUCAAUAGUCCGUUCAAAUAUGCAAUCUGCGUGGAUAUGCAACUGGACCCAACGAAUCUGGGACCCAUCCCGAGUUCCUAG